AUGCAUGUGAGUAGAGGAGGUUGGGUUGGGCCAACAUUUGCUUUAGCAAAGUUCGAUGAUUCUUUUGAAGGGAAGAAAUCAGUAAUUCGGCGUUCAAAAGAGGAAAGGAAAGGAAUGGUUGAAACUUUUAUCAAAAGAUACCAGAAAUCAAACAAUGGAGAUUUCCCAUCACUGAAUCUGACACGUAAGGAAGUUGGUGGGUCCUUUUACACUGUGCGUGAAAUCGUUCGGGAGAUAAUUCAAGAAAACCGGGUGCUGGGCCCACCUAAGUCAUCUCCAGGACAUGUAACCAUGGAGGAAAAGGAUACUGAGAAAAGGGAAGUGGUGGAUAUACAGUUGGAGGAAGAAAAUCAUAAGAAUCAAAAUCAUUCCUCAACUGAAGAAAACAUAGAUGUUAAACUUGAAGAUGGUCUUCCUGUUGAAGAAAAAAAUGUAAAUGGUGCAUACACUCCGAAUCUCCACACCAUUUCUGUACAACAAUCGACACUUGAAGAUGAUGAUGAAAGAAAUGCAAAUUUUAACAAAUCAAGUGAUCACAGCAAUUCCCAAAAGAGAAGAACCACAGCAACGUUAAACAGAAUCAAUCUUGAGUCAUGGGAAGCUGCAUCGAAGAAAUCUAGUCGCACAGAAACUCACCGAUUUGUGACAUUUAUCAAGGCUUUCAUUACUGCAUUUGUCAAGUUUUGGUCCGAUGACUAGUAUAUUAGAUAUUUGUAAAAUUAUCUUAUCGGUUUUAACUUUAGUAAAAUGAUUAUUUAUUUGAUUUUGAUUUGUAAAAUUAUGUGAUUUAAUCUUUGUUGUUAAUG